GCCUGGCAGACUUUCGCAGGCCACGCGGGAGACCGGCAGGCUGAGCAGUGCGAGGCCGGAGUCCUCAGCGAGCGUCAGGUUUGAUAGGGUAUUGUUUCCUGUUUGGACCGGCCAGUUGCUGCAGGAGGCUCCUGGUGUCUUGGGAAGAGACCAUGUCCACAUCCCCCCACUGUCUGCCCCGGCUGCUCUGGGGCACCCGACGGGAGCGGGUUUGCACCCUGUUCAUCAUCAGCUUCAAGUUCAUGUUUUUCAUCUCCAUCAUGAUCUACUGGCACGUUGUGGAAGAGCCCAGGAACCCGAGACAGCUCUCUAGCCCGCCCCUCGACGUGCCCUGCCCCCGCCUCCUGCCCCCCGCCCGGUCCCCCGGCAGCCCCCCUCCCGGCAACAUCUUCUUCCUGGAGACUUCCCACCGCACCGACCCCACCUUCCUGUUCACAUGCUCAGUGGAGUCGGCGGCCCGCGCUCACCCCGAGGCCCGCGUGCUGGUCCUGAUGCAGGGGCUGCGGGCCGGCGACGCCUCCAACACCUCCCUGCCCCGGCGCCGGGGCCUGUCGCUGCUGCGCUGCUUCCCCAACGUGCGGCUGCGGCCGCUGGACCUGCCCGCGCUGCUCCGGGGCACCCCCCUGGCGGCCUGGCACGCGGCGGCCUGGCGGCGCUGGGAGCCCUACCUGCUGCCCGUGCUGUCCGACGCCGCGCGCCUCGCGCUCCUGUGGAAGUUCGGCGGCGUCUACCUGGACACCGACUUCAUCGUCCUCAAGAGCCUGCGGAACCUGACCAACGUGCUGGGCAAGCAGUCCCGCUACGUGCUCAACGGCGCCUUCCUGGCCUUUGAGCGCCACCACGAGUUCCUGGCGCUGUGCAUGCGCGACUUCGUGGCGCGCUACAACGGCUGGGUCUGGGGCCACCAGGGCCCGCAGCUGCUCACGCGCGUCUUCAAGAAGUGGUGCGCCCUGCGCAGCCUGGGCGACAGCAGCACCUGCCGCUGCAACAGCACCUGCCGCGGCGUCAGCGCGCUGCCCUGCGAGGCCUUCUACCCCAUCCCCUGGCAGGACUGGAAGAGGUACUUCGAGGACAUCAGCCCCGCCGAGCUGUUGCGCCUCCUCCACGCCACCUACGCCGUGCACGUGUGGAACAAGAUGAGCCAGGGCACGCGCCUCCAGGCCACCUCCCGGGCCCUGCUGGCCCAGCUCCAGGCGCGCUACUGCCCCACCACCCACGCGGCCAUGAAGGGGGACUCCUGAUGGCCGCCGGGCCCCCCACCCCAAGGGAAAAGGGUCUCCGCCUUUCUUACUGGGGACGUGGAGAUGAGGCCAGGCAACGAUGAAGUUCUCUGCCAUGAAUGGAGACCCGGAGUCUAAAUGAAGCUGCAGCAGGGGGAGCCUGGGGAGAGCAAGAGAGCAGCGCUGCCUCCCACUCUCCCAGCCCACGCUUUUAUGAAAGACUUGAACAAAGGAACGAGAAGAUAGCACGCGCUUGUGGUUUUGCUUAUACAGAUGAAUGAGUUACUGCUGAAAACAAGUUUACCAGGUUGGGAGGGAGCACACGCCAGCACCUCCUCAGAGAACAGGAGUCAGUUCUGGGAAGAAGUUCUGUUUGCAGAACUUCCGAAGUCCUGGCACUCCGCGUACAGAGUCAACAGGUGCUCUCCAAAGACUCCAGCUCCCCGCAGGGCAGCAGGCUCCCGACAUGUCAGCCCAAGGAGUAUUCUUGAAGGCACCCUGGGACCUGCUCCUACAAGCCAGUGUGAGACUUGUGGGGAUGCCCCCUGGGCCAGCAACGGUCUCAGUGGAGGUGACAAGUGCGGGGACGGCCCCCCAACCAGAAUCGGCAGGAGUGAGCUGGGGGCAUGUGAGGCUGACAUGUCAGUGUAGAUGCCAUGUUCUGGCACCUCCUCUGGGCAGGGAGGGGCCCAGAGAUGCCUCCUGGGCUGUGCCUUUUGCCUCUUUUGCCUCGUAGCAUCAUCUUUGCCAUCAAAUGAGCCAGCCUAGCAGCUGGCACCUAGCGAGUUACAUGCAACUCACGGGGAAUAGGCUCGGCAAGAACCGGGGUUUGAGCCCUUGGCUGGCUGAGGACUGAGCUCAGCGCAGGGAGGAAGCUGGCCAGGGGAGCUGUCUGGAGGAGCUGAGUCUGCCAGCCAGCGGCGGGGACGCGGGGGAGCUUCGACUUCCAUCACAGUCUGGACUCCUCCCCGGACCCCCCACCUGAGCCCUCUGCCCACCUCAAGCUCCCAGUCACCUUUGCUCCCACAGCCCAGCUGUCCCCUCAUCGGGACUCCAUUUCUUUGACUGAGUCAGCACGAACCCCGUCAUUUCAGCUGAGUCAUGCGCUGAGUCUUCAGAACAUCACGCCCCUCCCCGCUGGGCCUGAUGUCUCUGGGUGUCCCAGCAUCUGGGCGACCCCAGCAUCAUGAAGACCCGCUGGGCAGGAGGCGCACUGAGGGCCGGCGGCCGUGCUUCCUCCCGCCACUGGGGGCGGCGCUCAGCCUUGAUGCCCACCUGGGGAAGUCGGGGUGCGGGCCCUCCAAGCGAACACACUCAAGAAGCGCUCAUCCUACUGGGAGGACACAACAGGGAGAGAUGAUCCUGGAGGCUUAGAGAGAAAUGAAGUGCCCCCCCAAGUGCCUGCGAGCCCUUAUUCUAUUCAAAAUGGUGAUGGGCCCAAACAACGGGUGCUCCCCGCGGCUGCAACACUCACCAACGGUCCUGAGGAUCCAUUUCGUGUUAUGUGUAUUUUACCACAAUCAUUUUAAAAAUAAUAAUAAUGAAGAGAUAGGAUGUGGGAGGCGAGGCCAGGAAGCAGACGGUCAAGUCCGUGGCUGAACUGGAAAUCCACCCGACGGAGAAGUCUCCACGGGGACAGGAAUCCCCAACCUAAAUUUCCUCCAGUUUCAGGGAAGUUGAAGCGCCUUCCUUUUUUGCUGGCUACUUUCCGCUGAUUUAAUACCCUGAAACAUUCUAAGGACCGACCUGUCUUGGUCACGCAGGGCCACGCUGGCUGCAGGGCAUACGUGUCCGUUUAACGGGAAGUGGCGGUGACUGCGGGCCGGGCUGCAGGCGCCCCCCUUUAUGUCACCAGUCCUCGCUCACUCCGCAGCAGACGGCUAACCCUGACUCUGCUUUGCAAGGUCUCAAAACACCUUCUUAUCUGUGGUCACUGUCAUGUUGACCUGGCCCCCGCCUUACACCUCUGUCCCCGCGGGGACUGCCCUGCCACACUCGUCUCCAUUUCUGUCUUGCAGCUGGGACACCAGGCCCCAUUCCCUGCCAUUCCCUCCCUCCAUCCCAGUUCUGCUUUUGUCUUUCCUAGCCCCACGUUCCCUGUUCCCCGCCUCAGGGAAGCCCUUGCUUGCCUCAGAUGAGCUGAUAGUCCCAGAAUCUUUCAGGAAAUCUUAGAAAGGAGAUGAAUUCAAACCUGGAUAUUUCUUUACCAGGAAACUCCACAUCCUACCCAUUCUAGGAAAACAAAUAAAUAUAUAUAUUUUAAAUUACAGUCAAUAAAACCCCCAAAUGGUUCUGUGACGCUUUGGUAGAAAACCAACAACAACAGAGACAGCUUUUCACAGAAUGGAUUUCUGGUCAUUGCAAAAUGAUCAUAAACUGCCCCAACUUCCCACAGAGACUGAAAGGAAAAGGAAAAUUCAUUGGCAAACAGAUGGG